AUGGUCCAUCUCAGUGCCAUUCAUAGGGAUGACGACGGCAACGGCGCUGCAAGCGCUGCCAAGGACGAGGUUUCCCAUCUGGCUGAAAAGGCCCGUUGUAUUUUGAACUUGUCGUCUGACGAAGAUGGCUUCGCCACGAGCGUCUACGGCUCCCGCUUCGCAGAACAGGAACUACCCCAGCUCACCAUGCCAGAGCGUACGAUGCCCCGCGAGAUUGCUUAUAGAAUGAUCAAGGACCAUCUCAGCUUGGAUAACAAUCCCAAGCUCAAUCUGGCGUCUUUUGUCACUACUUAUAUGGAGGAUGAGGCCGAGAAAUUGAUGGCUCACUCCCUCUCCAAGAACUUCAUCGAUUACGAGGAAUAUCCCCAGUCGGCUGACAUUCAAAACCGAUGCGUCAACAUGAUAGGCGAUUUGUUCCAUGCUCCCAGUGGCAGUGCCAUUGGUACAUCCUCUGUCGGCUCCUCCGAAGCCAUCAUGCUGGCCGUGUUGGCCAUGAAGCGUUGCUGGAAGAUUCGCCGCCAGGCCCAAGGCAAGAGUACUGAACGCCCCAACCUCAUCAUGUCAUCCGCCGUCCAGGUGUGCUGGGAGAAGGCUACCUGCUAUUUCGAGAUUGAGGAGAAGUUUAUCAACUGCACUCCGACACGCUUUGUCAUUGAUCCCGAGGAGAUGGUGGCCAAGUGUGACGAGAACACAAUUGGCUGUGUUCUCAUCUUGGGCACUACGUACACUGGUGACUAUGAAGACGUCAAGGCUGUGAACGACCUGCUGAUUGAGAAGAACGUCGAUGUUCCUAUCCACGUGGAUGCUGCCAGCGGCGGUUUUGUCGCUCCAUUUGUCGUGCCUGACUUGGAGUGGGACUUUAGAUGCGAGAAGGUCGUCUCUAUUAACGUCUCCGGCCACAAGUAUGGUCUGGUCUACCCUGGUGUCGGUUGGGCCAUCUGGCGAGCCCCCGAAUAUCUCCCCCAGAACCUCGUCUUCAACAUCGAUUACCUUGGAGCCCAGCAGUCAUCCUUUACCCUAAACUUUUCCAAGGGAGCAUCCCAAAUCAUAGGACAGUAUUACCAGCUAAUACGUCUUGGGAAGCAAGGCUACCGCGCCAUCAUGAGCAACUUGACCCGCACAGCCGACUAUCUCAGCGACUCCCUUGAGAAGCUUGGCUUUAUCAUCAUGUCUAAGCGUUCGGGAGAGGGUCUCCCCCUUGUCGCUUUUCGUUUCCCAGAACCCGAUAUAGAUAGAAGUGAAGAUCGCCACUAUGACGAAUUUGCGCUGGCUCAUCAACUCCGAUCCCGAGGAUGGGUUGUCCCCGCGUACACCAUGGCGCCCAACACGAACAAGAUGAAGAUGCUGCGUGUUGUCGUUCGAGAAGACUUUUCCCGCAGCAGAUGCGAUGUACUGAUCCAUGACAUCAAGCUCUGCCUCAAUGUGUUGGAGGACAUGGAUCGCGAGACGAUUAAGCGACAGGAAAAUUACAUCAGGACGCAUUUGAUGUCCUCUGGACGGGCUCAAGAGUCUAUUCACACGCCUCAGAAUUUCAAAGAUGAUAGGCAUUCUCUCCAGGGCAAGACUGGCAAGACCCACGCGGCUUGUUAA